GGCAGAACUGCAGAAGAAAGGCUAGCUCUGUUAGUGAAAGAUCAAGACCAUGAGAAAGGAAAAGAGGGUCGUUAACACCUGUGGCGAUCCUGAAAGAAGAAGAUGCUGAGUGAAAACCUGGCUUGCAGCUGAGCCCAGAAGGAUUUCUCAAGCAAGUCUUGUGUGUGGCUGUGAGACAGCACCCAUUGGAUGGUCAUCAAAGAUCUAGGCCUAGGACACAGAGGAGCUGUAUUUUGUAGCUCAGACGUGGAGAAGCAGGGACCCCUGAGAAAGUAGGAGACUCUGAAAAGCAGCAGGGAUACCUCAGGUCUGAAAGAUUGCCAUAGACUGAAGAAGGAGGAGGCCAGAUAGGUGCUGACGGGCUGUGAGGGGAAUCUGGAGCUGAGAGUCCCUGCAAUCCUUGGAGAUCAUGGUUGAAAGAGCCCAUCAAGACAUUUCUCCUCAAGGUCAUAGACACAACCCCAAGUCCCAGCCUCCAUGUUGCCUUUUGCCAUUCUUGCAUGGCUGGGGGAAGUGGAAAGGACAGAGAGAGCUGAGCAUUGAGAACCUGCGGGAAGUUGAGCACCAGCUGGAGUCCCAAGGGAAGAUGACUUUGAGGUUAAGAAGUUGUUACAAGCUGGCCCUCGAGAAAUUCCCUCAGGAGCCCCCGUGUGUGCAGGACAAUGCCUGGAUGGUCAUUGAAACCCAGGAGACAAAGCUGAUGUUUGUCUCUGGGGAAGGGGAGUGUGAGAUCAAGGUAUUCCAUACCACAGAAAGUCCCCAGUAUGAAGUGAGAGAGCCCACAAAAGACGUGUAUCUGGCCAGGCUCCUCCAUCAGCCUCAACAGCUGUCUAUUGCAAACCUCAAGGAUGUCAAGACAAGACUAGAGGCCUGCAGUUCUCUGACAAAGGAGUUGAAGAUCUGUUUUGAGGAGGCCCUGAAGGAAUUCCCUCAAGAACCCGAGUGUGUGAGCAUCAAUGCCUGCCUGCUGAUCCACGGUGAUGGGAUGAAGCUGAGAUUCAUUUCAGGGGAGGGGGAAUGUGAGAUUACUGUGUCCACAGGGAAACCCCACUACAAAGUCAAGGAACCCACUAAAGAUGUGUUCCUGGAAAGGUUGUUUUCCCGGUCCCAAUGGCUGAGCAAGCAGAACCUCCAGAGAAUCCACAAUGGGCUGGCAUCCUGGGAAGGGAUAAGCACAGAGCUGAGAAGCUGUUUUGACAUCUUCCAGGAGAAGUUUCCCAAUGAGCCAGCAUGCAUCCAAGAGAUUCCCACCAUGAACAUGAAGUGGGAUGGGACAAGGCUGCAGUUCCUCUCAGAUGGAGACCUCACGGUCACCAUCACGUGGCAGGAUGGGAAACCUACCUAUGAGGUCAAUACAAAGACCUGGACAAUGUAUCGGAAGAUACUCCAGUGUAGUAAACAACCUCUGAGCACAGAGAACCUCGAGGAGGUGCGGUCAAAGGUAAGGAGUCUGCAGAAAGUGCCAAACAAGGUCAAAGAUGUGCUGAACGUGGCUGUAGAGAAGUUCUCCAAUGAGCCAAGGUGCCUUCGGGAGAACGCAAGGCUGGUCAUGGAGUGCGAUGUUGGGGAGAUCGUCUUCACCUCCGGGAAAGAAGAGAACAGAGUGGAUGUGUGCUUUACUGGUGGGAAGGUCUACUCUAAUGUGAAGGAGACCAUACAAGUGAAGAUCUAUAGGGCAUCCCUAUACAUUCUCCGGAAGCUACUUCCAAUUUUUUGGAGACGCGUUCAGCCAUUUCUUUCAUGUUGUAUACCAGUCAGUAAAGUGGCUUUAUAGCACUGAGGUGACCCAUCCAGAGUCGGGUUCUCAGCUCCCCUUCCCUGAGCUUGAACCAUCUAGGCCCCACAGUCCUCCCAGAGGUGGGCGAGAACCCAGGACUCCUGCUUCUUGGCCCUCCAGCUCUCACCCUGAAAACUCACUAGAUGUGGGAAAAAACCCAGGUGUCCUGGCUCUUCAGCCCUCCUACUGUCACCUCUGAGGUCUCACAGUCAUCCCAUAGUGGAGAGACAACCCAGGAGUCCUUCCUGCCAACCCCUCCUUCUCUAACCCCCUCUCCCCCCUCCCCAUAUCCCACAGCCUUCCCAGAGAUGGAAGCGAAGCCAGGGGUCCUGGCUCCCAGUACCCAUAUUGGAACAAAGUAGACCCUACUCCCUUCCCGGAGGUGGAAGACAGUCCAGGUGUCCUGAUUCACUGUGCCUACCCCCAUUGUAAUCCAGUAGACCACACUGCCUUCCCCAGGCUGGGAAAUGACCCAGGUAUUCUGGCUCUAAAUCCCCCCAACUCCUUCUUACCUGGUAGCCCCCAUUACCCUGACAGAGUUAGGAGAGAACCCAGGAAUCCUCCCCGCUAUCCCUCCUGUUCUCAACACUUCCAGAUCCCAUCAUCUUCUCAGAACUGGGAAGAGAACCCUGAAUCGUGGCUCCUAGAGCCCCCCAUUGUAAUCCAGUAGACCCCAGAGCUGGGACAGAGCCCAAGUGUCCAGGAUCCCAUCCCCACUGUGUUCUAACCCAAUGGACUCCUCUCUCCUCCCACAGCUGGGGGAGAGCCCAGGAGUCCUGCCUCUCACCCCUCCAGUUUGCACCACCCCCAGAUCCCACUGUCCACUCACAGCUGGGAAGAGAACCCCAGUGUCAUGACUCCCCAACCAGACCCAGCUUCCCUACAUGAAAGGGGAAGCAACCAGUUACUUGACCCUCUGGGCCUGGACUCUAGGUGUUCAUUUCCUCAGCCCUGCCAAAGCCAGAGCACUUGGCUCUAGGCUUGCGUUUACAUGCAGUUGAGCAAGGAGAUCUUUGGGAGAAUUUUGGCAUGAAGCCAGCUACCUAAGGGGUUUAGGCAUGCCCCAGGGCUCAAAGCCAGCUGAAAAACAGGGGCUUUUUUUUGCAGCACAGAUUUGGAUGUUAACAACCCUCUCAUCUUGAUCUUCCACUAUUCAAGCUAUCCUUUCUUCUGCAAUGUUGCUGUCUGUUGGCCAUUCCUGGUGAUGCCCUUCCAUUUCAUAGCCAUGCAGGGGCUUUUUAGCUCUAGCUAAAAACCUUGACUCAGGUGCGAUCCUAUGAACUCAGGGGCACAAAUGGCUGAUAGUGUAGUAUUGGAGGCGCUGUCAAGACACUCAAGAAAGCUAGAUAUUGUCUUACAGAUCUGAAUAAGAGAUGUAUAUUUAACUAUAGUUGCUACAAGACUAAUGAAAUAUUAUCUUUUACUAGUCUUGCCUAGUUUGUUGCACUAUUCUUUAACUUACAUAUAUGAAUGAAGCAAGUUUUUUUUUUACUAUUCUGACAAUUUUUGCCUAAUUUCUGGGUUUUUUAGAAUGUUUUCAAGUGUAUUAUCUAGCAAAUAAGUGCGCGUUCCAAUCAAAGAUAUAUUUGUUGUUGCUUUGAUAUUCAACUGAUAUGGUGCUUUGCAUAGUAAUAAAGCUUCUAGUUUCUUUUAACCGGAGGAAAAAUAUAUUAUAUGUGAUGUCAUGUGUUAUAUUGUAUGUGAUUAUGCACCAUGCCAUUUGCACCCUACUUUUCAAAAUCCUAGAUCUGCCCAUGGACCUAUCACUUCAUCUAAUUUCUUCUCAAUAUAAUAUAGGACCACUGGUGUUGUACUCAGGCAGUGCUGAGGGCGUCAGUUGACUUCCUGCAAGAUUCCUGCUAAUCUCUCUCCACUCUACAGGUGUGAACAACCCUCUCUCCUUUUUAAUGGUCUGCCAUUAUUCAAACCAUCCUUUCUUUUACAAUGCUGCUCUCAUUAGCCCUUCUUGGUACUGUCUGUGGUAAAGCCCUGCGGACUCUUUUUAGCACAAGUUCAAAACCUUAACUCAAGUGUGGCCAUAUUAUUUUGGGUGUAGAAAUGAUUGACACUGAAGUGUUAGAGGUGCUGUCACGCCAAACAUAAGGGCAAGUUGUGCUCAUGGCGUGGGGGAGGUGAUGAGCGCGGCCUGAUAGCGGCGAGAUCGGUGGUCCCAGCCCGUGCUGAUUGGCAGGGGGCAUGAUUGGGGGAGGAGAGAGAAAAAAAAAGGCGGCGAGCUGUUUAAAAAAAGCGCGCGCGCCAAAAAAAGAGAGAGGACCCGUGCCAUAUUGGAGAGGCCUGAUCACCCUCACCAGAGGUCCUGCGUCCACGAAAUCCCUUCCCCCCGGACGCCCCCCAUCACGACCGAAUAUAUCAUUCGAACGUGUUUAGAGCUCUCGAGUCACCAGCGAGUUUAAUCUUGAAACUGCUGUAAAGGAAACCACCUAUACAAAAGUGUGAGUAAAGCAUUUAUUUGUUACACCGCCUCCUUAAUUGUUUUCUGUCAAUGGGAAGAGAGAUAAGAGAAGGAGAAACAAGGUCCCGUAAC